CUUCCAUCACUUUUCGUCCUGAAGAAGCAUUCUUUAUGGGACCAGAAGCGGGCAGCUGCAAAUCUGCACGCAAAGCCCAACACCGCAUCUGUCUUGAAAUUAUCGGUUUCGCCAACACCUCUUAUGUGUGCAACAUUAUUGGAUCACAGAAGACCCACCAAAUGUUGUGGUGACACGCGGCUGGAAUGGGGUUCCCUCUGGUGGCGCCACGCUCAAUUAUCGGGAUUAACAGGAUUGCGCAGUAAUGCAGCGGUCCCUUCCAUCACUUUUCGUCUGAAGAAGCAUUCUUUAUGGGACCAGAAGCGCGCAGCUGCAAAUCUGCACGCAAAGCCCAACACCGCAUCUGUCUUGAAAUUAUCGGUUUCGCCAACACCUGUACUUUUUGUCUUCCAUUUUUUUAAAGUCCUGUCUUUUAAUUCCCUGCGAUUCUUCCGCGCCUCUCUCAAAUGUUUCUUAUGUCGGGAUUCCUCUGCUGGGCCACAAAUGACCAUCACCCGCAACUGAUGAGCGGGACACCAAUUUCGGGUGGAUGCCCUGGGGCUAUCCGCGAAAUUACAUACGCACCCGUGCAUGCAGGAGAUAUUAUAGCAUUCCUUCAUUCCACUGCAAUGAAUUCUG